AUGCUUCCCCUCGGAUUGCUCAAUGCUGCUCAGGGCCACCCCAUGCUGGUCGAGCUGAAGAAUGGAGAGACCUUAAACGGACACUUGGUCAUGUGCGAUACAUGGAUGAACCUCACCCUCAAAGAAGUCGUGCAGACAAGCCCUGAAGGGGAUAAAUUCAUGCGCCUCCCAGAAGUCUACGUCAAGGGAAAUAACAUUAAAUACCUCCGUGUUCCCGACGAGAUCAUCGACCAAGUCACCGAGCAGCAAAAGAACCAGCAAGGCAGCGGCUUCCGUGGCGGUCGCGGCGGCCACCAGUCAAGAGGUGAUCAUGGUGGUCACGGUGGCCGCGGAGGCGGCGACCGAGGGCGAGGCCGUGGAGGCAGAGGUCGCGGAAGGGGACGUGGGCAGUAA